GGGGGCGCGGCCGCGCGAGGCCCGUGGCUCCGGAGGACGGGCGAGGAGCUCAACACGGUGGACGACGGCAUGUUCGAGCUGACGUGGGGGGAGUACGUGGUCAAGAAGUGGCGCGAGGUGAUGUCAAACCGAUGAAGGGGCGCCAUUGAUCAUUUCGACCUCAUGAUCCUGCUGUGGCCACGCCUUCGGCUACAGGCUGGUUUCUCACAGGCUCCAGGACGAGCUCACUCGAAGACAGCGCGGCGAGAGGCACGCAGAUCUCGCGGUCGCGGCGCGAGCUGAGGCAAGUGCUCGGGGCUCUCGUACAGGUGCUGGAGAUGCCCGGCGGCGUCUCCGCGGCCUCGCUGGGUGGCCGGGUGCUGUCCGCGAUCGUUUCCCACCUGCGCGAGAUCGAGGGGCUCAUCACCUCGAUCAGCACUUUCUUCAGGUGCGUAGACAUCGCCGGCGACGCCGCGGGCCCUUCGGAGAGCGGCCACUCGCAGCACGCGGCGGCGCCGCCGCCGCCGCCCGUCUUCCGCGGCAGGGGCGGCGGCGAGGGCUCGGCGGCGCUCCGGGGGGAGGCGGACGAGCAGAUUCUGGCGGUGGACCACUCGAGGCUCGGGUACCUCGUGCCGGUGGAUUGUGGGCACAACGGCUACCUCGACGAGACCGAGAGCCGCCACCUCAGCCUGCACAUCCGGACAGCCGAGUUCGGGCGGGCCGCCCGGCAGGACCCCAUGGGCCCCGUGGCGACAGCCUACGGCGCACCCCGGCACGCCUGAGGGGCGGCAGGCGGGCGCUUUCGGCCCCCGAGUCUCACGCGCGGCCAGGGCGGGCCAGCCUUCGGAGGGCGACCUCCGCGCAAAGGGCUCCGCCCGCGCCUCGCGCAGCAGAA